AUGGCCACACGAACACGCCCUCAGACAAAGUCCUCCUCGAAGCAGGUCGCCGUGCAAUCAAAUCAACAACAGUCAGGCCAAAAGAAGACGCUCAAGACACACGUCGUCGAACAACUCACCCCUUUCAAUGUCGGCGUCUUUUGCGCCUGCUCGACACUCGUCGGCGGUGCACUUUCCAUCUACAUGACCAACUACUGGUUCGGCAAGAAAGCCACAGAGAAAGCAAAUCAAGACAAGAAAGAUCUCGAAGAGCAUCGCAACGGAUGUCUAAGCGACUCUCAAGACUCCCACAGCAGCGAUUCCCGCGCUCGCAGCUACCGUUCACGAAGUUCCAGUUCUGGAAGCUACGACAGAGACUAUCGAGACUAUUAUGAUAGCGGACGACGAGACUACGACAGACGAAGAGACUACGAUUACGAAGAGCGGGAGGCUCACAGUCGGCGGCGGUGA